AUGGCCACGAAUGGCGACGAGGAUAGCGCCAAGUGGCUCUACGUGAGGAACUUGCCUGAGGAUGCGAAAAGCUACAUAUGGUUUAAGCAAUUCCACCUCCAUGGCGACGUUGUGCGAGCCUCCUUCUUCGGAUGGAAGAAGGGGCAAGAACGAUGGUGUUUGGCAGAGUGUGGCACCAAGUGGGAGGCCAUCUCUCUCAAGAAGGAGCUUGACGGCAAGGACCUUGGUGGCGACAACCCCCUAUCGGUCAAGACCGUCACAAGCAAGGAGAAAGACGAGCUGGUCGCCAAGCAGGGCGACAAGGGCGAUGCUGGCUCGGAAGACACGUCAAAAGACAAGAAGGAAAAGGCUGACAAGGACAAGCGCAGCCGAAGCGGCAGCAAGAAGUCCAAGCGCAGCCAAAGUGGCAGCAAGCGAAAAAGAAGCAGCAGCAAGCGCAAGCGCAGUCGUAGCGGCAGCAAAAGGAAGCGCAGCCGCAGUGGCAGCCGGCGCAAGCGCAGCCGCAGUCGCUCCAAGCGAAAGCGCAGCCGAAGUCGAAGUGGACGGAGAAGGAGUAGAAAGAGAUCGCGAAGCAGAAGGAAGGACAGUAGCAGCCGCGGGCGUAGGAAGCGCAGCCGAAGCCGGCGGCGGCGGCGCAGCAGAAGCGGCAGUAGGAGUCGUAGCAAGAGCCGGAACCGCAAAGACAAGGACAGAAAGAAGAAGAAAAGCCGUAGCAGCAGCCGAAGUCGCAGCCGCAAGCGAAGAAGAGAUAGCAGCGGGAGCCGAAAGAAGAAGGACAAGGAGAAGGAGAAGGAAAAGGAGAAGGAGAAGGAUAAGAAGAAAAAGAAAAAGUCCAAAUCCAGCAGCGAUGAUAGCGAUAGCUCCGAAGAGGACAAGAAGAAGAAAAAGGCCGACAGCAGCGAUGAUAACGAUUCCGACGAUGACGAUGAGAAGGAGAAGGAGAAAUCCAAGCAGAAAGCAGACAAGGACGACGAGUCCAAGUCGGAUGACGUGGAGGAGGUGAAGCCAGAGGACCCCAGCAAGAAGCUGGAGGAGGAGGCUCGUAAAAAAGCUGCCAAGGCCGCGGAAGAGGCUCAGGCGGCUGCCGCGAAGCUCGCGGCGGAAAAGGCCGAGGCAGCUGCCAGGCAAAAGCAGCGAGAAAGCCUCACCAAGGCCGCCGCCAGCGCUGCCAAUGCCGCCACGGCGGCUGCCGCUGAGGCGGAGGAAUUCGCAGCCAUCGCCAAGGCCAAAAAGGCCGAAGCCGACAAGGCGGAGAAGCACUCCGCAUCCAAGGCUACCAAGGCAAAGGAGCUGGAGGACAAAGCUAAGGCAAAAGAGGAAGAGGCCAAGAAGGCCGCUAAGGAGGCUGCAGAUGCCCGAGAAGAGGCCAAAAAGGCCCGCGAUGAUGCAGAGGUGAAGGAGUCGUUCUACCAGGAGGCGGCUUCGGAUCACCGGAACAAAAUCGCGGCAGCCGAGAAGGCCAAGGCCUCGGCGGCUUCCGCCCAGGAGGCCCUUAGCAGCUUCGAAGCGCAGCACCCGGUCAAGCCGGCGGAGGCCCCUGCAGAAGAGAAAAAGAGGAAAAAGGAGGAGGCGGAGGAGAAGCCUAAGGAGGAGGCAAAGCCAGAGAAGAAGGAGAAGAAGUCGAAGGAGGAUGCCGAAGAUGGCGAGAAAAAGGGCAAGGCGGAGUCAAGCAAGGACAAAGAGGAGAAGCCGAAGAAAGCCAUCCUCACCCCUGCAUCUGCCGUCUCUGAUGAAAAGAAGGACGAUGAUGACGAGGAGGGCAGCGCUGAGACGGACAAGGUGGAGGAGGACAGCGAAGAGGAGGAAGAGGAAGAGGAGGAGGAGAAGGAGGCAGAGGAUGCAAAAGCAGACGAGGAAGACAAGGCCUCCGCCGAAGAGAGCCCGACAGAAAAGGAGGGCGAGGACGAAGACUCAGAUGAUGACGAUGAGGAGGAGGAGAAGAAGAAGAGUGCGUCGGCAAAGCCGGCCAAAAGUUCCAAGGCGCCCGCCAAAAAGGCAGACGACGAGGAUGAUGACUCCGACUCCGAUCGGGAUGUCGAUGGGAGUGAGGAGGAUGACGAUGAUGCCAAUGACGACGACAACGAUGACGAUGAGGAGUCGUCGGAUUCCGAGUCGGACGAGUCGGAGGCGAAGGCCAAGGGUAAAAAGACCGCGAAAGAUUCCCAAAAGGGCGACAAAAAGGACAAGAAGGAGAGCAAGAGCUCUAAAAAGAAGGACAAGAAGUCCAAGAAAGAGGUGAAAAAGCCUAGCAAAGACAAGAAGAAAAAGAAGGACGAGAGCGAUUCUGACGAGGACAGCGAAAGUGACAGCAGUUAG